AUGGCGAGGCCAAUGAGGAUCAAGGUCGCCAGGAUCGUGAGGAUCAGCGAUGAGUGGUUGGGGAGGAGGAUCGGUAUCAGAAGUGGAACCUCCGCUCCCACGAGCACAAACUUGCUCCCGACAAAAUUCGCUGCCACAUUACUCGAAUCCUUAUACGAAAACUGCAUUUUCCUCAUCCCCAAAUCGUUCAACCGCGUGCUGGUUGCGGCCACAGCCGAAAGCAGCACCAUUUCCUUCCUAUCCCAGCUUUUUCAGCUCGCAAUCGCAUCUUCUCAACCUUUAAAUUCUGCUUAUUUUCUCACUGUCGCCAAAGCUUUAGCAAAGUCGGAUGAUUGCGCGGAGCUGCUCAGAUUAACCAAGCAGGUAAUGGAGAUCACCUCUCCCAGCAUGACAGUUAUAAACAGGAUUAUCUUUGCUUUCGACGAAUGUGGAGAGACUGAGAAGGCGCUUCUGAUCUUUUCCCAGAUGAAAACUCUUGAUUUCGUGCCUAAUUUGUACACCCACAACACUGUUUUAGAGAUUUUAGGAUGUGCCGGUCUGGUUGAUGAAAUGCUGGGUCAGUUCGGGUCUAUGAAAGAGGCCGGCAUUGCCCCUGAUGUGGUUUCUUACAAUACGGUGUUGAACAAUUUGGGGAAGCUUGGGAAAUUCGAUGUGUGCUUGUUUUACUACAAGGAAAUUGGUGAAAAUGGUGUGAAGGCAGAUUUGCUUACUUAUACUGCAGUGAUUGAGAGCCUGGGAAGAUCAGGAAAUGUUGAGGAGGCAUUGAGAUUCUUUGAUGAGAUGAAGGAGAGGCAGAUUCGUCCUUUCCUGUAUGUUUAUCGGUCGCUGAUCACAAACCUGAAGAAGAUGGGGAAGGUGGACUUGGCAUUGAGUUUAACAGAUGAGAUGAAUUUGUGUGAUUCGGAGCUUGCUGGUCCAAUGGAUUUCAAACGUAAUAAAUGA